AUGGAGAAGAGGCUCCGCUCCGCCCUCCAAUCCUCCGCCGAGGACUUCCUCUCCUGCGUGAAACUAACCCUAAAAUCCUCGAAAGCAACUCUCAAAUCCCUGAUCCUCGUUCCCCCUUCCUCUCCUCUCUCCUCUACUGUCCCUCCUUGUCUCCACCUCUCCAUCUCCCAAUCCAUCGUCUCCUUUCGAACCAACCGAAAACCCGACCCAUCCCAUUCCCCGCCCACCAAGCGACGUCGAUCAACACGAAGCUCCAACCCCAGAGACAACUGGCAAAACAACGAUAGCGAAAACCUCCGCGUUCUCGCUCACAUCACCGGCUUAUGCAUUUCGCAUCCCCGAAACGCGUUUCGGCACUCUGUAAUCCCAGCCGUUCGAUCUCUGCACGAUAACCUCAUUACUUUCGAAUCGGAUCCUGGUUUAUCCAACGAAAUAGCUUGUUUAUGUGAAGAAUGGUGGAAACAGGAUGCACCAGAAAAAGAAACCUUGAUUUCCCAAACGCUGCCGUUUUUGCUUUCAAAGUCGUUAACUUUGAAGAAAAAGGUGGAUGUUCACAGAGUUUAUUCGCUCCGCGAAGCCUUCAGUCUCUUUGAUUUCGAAGACGAAAGCAUCGAAGAUUUGAAGCUGUUAUUAAUCCGAUGUGUUAUCGAGCCUUUGUAUCUGAAAACGGAGGAAGGGAAGAGAUUCGUGGCGUUUACGUUUGGGUUAAGUAUGCAGUUUUUGAAGGAAUGUUUGGCGAUGAUAAAAGCUCAGAUUCCAUUUGGGAGGAAAUCGAUGCUGGAAGCUUAUGGGGAGAUGGUGUUUAAGGGAUGGAAAGGGGUUGAAGGGGAAUUGAAAAGGGAAAUUGAAGAUCGGUUUUUGAUGAGUUUAGUUGAAGGCGCUAUACAUGCCAGUUCCAAGGUUUGGGAAAGUAGUAUUAGAAGGGUUUUAGGUGGGUUUAUUAAUCAGAGAACUGUUGAUGGAGUUGAGAAGUUGCUCUUUAGACUUGCCGAGCCUGUGAUUUUCCGGUCUUUACAGGUUGCAAAUUCAAAUGUUCGUCAAAAUGCAUUACAUUUACUUUUAGACUUGUUCCCUUUUGAAGAUCCUGAUGCUGCCAAAGAGGUUAAAGAUACAUUGCUGGAUAAACAGUUCUUUUUAUUGGAGAGAUUACUCAUGGAUGAUUGCCCUGAUGUGAGAGUAAUUGCAGCGGAAGGUUGUUGUCGCAUCCUUCAUUUGUUUUGGGAAAUUAUUCCCUCAUCAACCAUUACAAAGAUAAUUUCGAAAAUUUUUGAUGACAUGGCAUAUGACACAUGCAAUGAGGUUAGGCUUUCCACAUUGAAUGGCAUUAUCUAUUUGCUUGGCAAUCCACAGUCUCAUGAAAUUCUUAAAGUGCUUCUGCCGAGACUGGGGCAUCUGAUGUUAGACAAUGUUCUUUCCAUAAGAGUUGCUAUGGUAGAUCUCCUUCUUCUUUUAAAGGACAUCCGAACUUUCAAAUUUAAUAAGGUGGUCAGUUUAGAAGUCUUGUUGAAUAUACUUGCAAAUGACCAAUCUCCAGUUGCUCAGAAAAUUACAAGACUGCUUAUGCCAUCAUACUUUCCUGCAAGACUAGACAUUGAAGACGCAUGCAAUCGCUGUGUCAUGCUUAUGAAAAGAUCUCCACUGGCUGGAGCAAGGUUUUGCGAAUUUGCUUUAUCAGAAGGAGCAUCUCUUAAAUCUAUGAUGGAACUUGUCAAGGUUUUCAUCAGCUUAGUAGUGUCCAAUGGUAAACUAGAUGCAGCUCAAAUUGAGGGCUUUCUUGUUGCUUCGGCGAACCUUUGCUGCAGCCUUGCAAAUGAGCGAAGUCAGCAGGAUGCCCUUAAAGAGUUGUUUUCUGGUGAAAGAGUUAAGCGUUUGUUUUCUGUUGCAUCUACUGCACAUGCUAAGUCUUCUGUUUUUGACAUUUUAUCCACCACUGCCUCAGAUAAUGUAGCUGGGCUCCUUGGAGAUUGCAUGUGCCUAGUCACUGAUUGUAGUGAUUUAUCUGAAAAUUUAGAAAAGCAAGCUGAAGUGAGGUCUGCCCACAAAUUAUUGAUAUCAUGUGAUGCCUUUGAUAAUAUGUUUGAGGCUCUAACAAGACUUUUGCAAAAAACUGCCUAUCGCUGCCAUGUUAAAUUUGAUGUUGAGACACCAAAACAGAAUGUUUCUCCUGCAAAAAGAAAGAGAUGGAAGUCUUCAACCAAAAACUCCACUAAAUGGAAACAUGUUAGCAGGAAGAAGUCAUCCAAUUUCGAGGAUGAUUAUUCUGUUGCUAUUGGAGUAUCAUGGCAGAUAAAAGAUAUGCUUGCUUCUGAGGACACUCGGAAAGCUGUGCUGGGUUCUCAAGCUUUGGAACUGCCAUUCUUUGCUUUAAAGGUUAUCUCUGAGGUUAGCAUUGUGCAGUGUGAGUAUUAUGAAUAUAUGGACCACUACCCAGUGUUGGCAUAUACAGCUCUUGCUUUGCAGAUGGCCCUUCAAAAUGUUACCAAUUAUGGUAUGAAGACGAAUGAUGGCAUUCACUCUUCUGGAUCAAAUUCUGAGACUAUGCUAGACAAGGUAAUGGAUCACCUGCUAAAUUGUACGGAUAAGCUAUUUGAAGCAGGUGACUCAGGAAAGAAUGGCAAAUCACCUCCAGAAUCUAAGCGGGUCAACAGCAAGAGAGCCGCACGUCCUGGACAGAAACAGAGAGAACCACAAACAGAUGUCUCUAGCUCUACAAGUGAUGGAUCUGUCUACACCAAACAAAAACAGACAUCAAAGAAGGUGAAGAUGCUUACAGCAGUUCUCAAGUUUUUUGUUGAUUCUAUUGCAAUGGGUUUUGCUUCUAGUGUCCAUAGGAGGUGCUUGAAGUUUACAUCAGCAUAUAUGCAGUACAUCAUCUCUUCCUUAAAGCAGCUAUCCUCAGAUAAAUCACAGUUUAAGGAGGAGAAGUUGAAGGAAUCUAUUAUGUGCGUGAAGAGCUCCUUCAGCUAUGCAACCAAGUUACUCAAUCUGGUCCUUGAUGCUGCUACUGAAGCUUCACCAGCACCAGUCGAGUCUUUUAACCUUGCCAGUGACUUGCUUGAUUUGAUCAUCUCAGGUGAAUUGUUUUUGGGCUCUAGUUUUGCAGCACGACUUGUUGCAGCAGCAAAGCCUUGGCUACCUGAUUUGAUUCUAGCGCUUGGUUCUACAAGCAUGCUCGAGCAGAGUCUAGAGAGGGCAUAUUCGACUGCAUUGAAUCACAUUAAGCUCCAGUUUCCAUCAUGGCCCUUAAUCUUGGCCAAGACCGAGCUCACUGAAAUGAGUGAAGGUGAUCCAGAAGAGGAGGAUGACACAGUUUCUGAACCAGAAUUCUCUGAGUUUAAGAAACUUUUGGGAAUGAUCAUUUCAUUGCUAAAAGGAAAUUCCAGCAUACUGGACGCAGUUGGCAUGAUUUUCUUGGCUAGCUCAGCUGUAGGGCUAGAACGGAAGGACUUUGGUCUGCUUCUGGGAAUGAUACGGUUUGUCUGUCUGAAGUUGAUUGGACAAGAAGACAGAGAGUGGAGUGGGCUUGACAUGAUGUUGGUUUCGCUGCCAGAUAUCUAUCCUCGUAUAGAGAGAGAGAUCGAAGAACAAGAUGAUGAAGAUGAAAGCCAUAAAUUACAUGAGGCCAGAGCAUUGCUUGAACCUGUCUGGUUGUAUCAUGUUUAUGAAACUGAAAGGUUCUCAGAGAUGGAACAAUAGAUAAGGUCUUUUGUUUAAAUACUAUAUUCCCAAC